AUGGCAUUAUCCACUUUUGAGGCAAGCUUCCUCGAAGUUUCAGGCGAGAAUACCGGCGGAUGGGUCAGCCAUGUCGAAGGGAUCGCAAGGUUGAUCCAGCUUCGAGGGCCGGAGUUACAUUGUGGAAUUCCCCUACAUUUGCCUGAACAAGCAGCUCACCUCGAGCAGAUCACCCACGCCUUGGCCACCCGCAAAUCGACCUACCUUGCACAACCGGAAUGGGUGACAGUGCCGUGGAAGAUACAACCGAAGUCGGACCUGGACCAGCUGCUCGAUAUCAUGGCUCAACUCACCACCCUGAUCGAGCAGGCGGCACGACUCAACACCACCAUCGCGUUCGACGUUCUCCAUGCACAGAGAAUAGAACUUGCACAGCAGGGGUGGGAGUUUCAUGCCCAACUUGAGAACUGGUACCAGGGACUCCUACGAAAGCAUGCUGACCCGCUCUACUACGAGCGGCCUUCAUCAGCACCGUUUAUUUCGCACCUUGCAUCUGUCUUCCCUAAGGCCCUACACUUCCAGAAUUUCGAAAUUGCACGGCUACAUAUCUCCUACUGGACCAUUCUCCUCUUGCUCUACAGCAGCAUCCUCACCAUCCCCGUCUCCUCUCUGAAUGACGUGAAUCCGACUUCUGGCCUUGUCGCGUUGGUGGAUAAUGAAUUCCCCCACAGGCAGGCGCUGGAGCUGGCCAGAAUGAUCGCUCAGUCAAUGGAGUAUCUACUCUCGGAAGAUAUGCACAUUCUCGGACCGCAGAAGGUCUUCUUCGCCUUGCGCACAGCCAUGCACGUAUUUACGAGCACCGAAAAAGGGCAGGAGAUGGAAUGGUGUAAGGAGAUUUUUGAGGAGCUUGGUCGCCGAGGGUUUUCUUUCGGCAAGAUCUUGUGUAGGUGCGAGUGGGAUGAUAUACCAGCGCACUUGUCCGGAACAUUUAUUUCGGGAAAAGGUGUAUCAUCCCAAAAAACAUGCGCGCACAAUGUUUGA